CAGGGAACGAGUUCAGACCGGUUGUAUUGGCAAGUCCUUCGGCUGCUAGGAAGUCGACAGUUACGUUCAACAUAUAAACCCCACUUGCUCUGCUCUCUUUAUUCACCCUCAUCCUACUCAUCGCCUUUACUUGAUUAUUUUAGUACAUCAUUACCAGAAUGUCUUCACGAACCACCAAAGCAAUCGCUCUACACGAGCACAUCUUCUCGCAGCCCGCCGAGACGUUUGCGAACAAGCCCUGGGCGCUGAUGAACGCGAUGGAAGCCUUCGCCACCCAAAUCGGCGGGAUGAUGAUCUUCCGCUCGUCGAAGCUGAAGAUCGUCCAGACAGCAAUGCAGCAGAUGGAUCCCAAACCAAAAACCGUCCUCGAGUUUGGCACUUAUGUCGGCCACUCGGCGUUGGCGUGGGGGGCUAUCCUGCAGGACUUGCAAGAUCCCUCCACUCUACCAGAAUGUAAUGUGUAUACCUUCGAGUUGGACCCGGAGCAUGCACGCAUCACGCGUGAUUUCAUCAAGCUAGCCGGUUUACAAGACACGGUGCACGUCGUGGAGGGGCCGGCCGCGGAGUCCGUCAAAACACUCUACGAACAAGGCAAAAUCACCCAGGGGGCUGUCGAUAUGGCCUUCAUCGAUCACUGGGAGGAAUAUUACCUUCCCGACCUGAAACUGUGUGAAUCCCUCCAUCUGUUUCGUAGGGGUACCAUCGUCGUCGCGGAUAAUACGGACCACCCCGGUGCGCCGGAUUAUGUCGCCCAUGUCAAGGCAGGAGGCGACGGAACGGUCAAAUAUGAGAGUGUGUCUCAUAGUACUGGACGGUCUUCGAGACCUGGUGGGCCGGUAAGAGCUUCCUUUAUUGUUCUACUUGUUUACUUGCUUUGAGUGGAAUGCUGAUGAAUGCUCAUGAAUGCUGAUUGAUAGACCAUUGUCGAGAUUAGCACUGUCGUCGAUGUGGCAUACCUGGGUAGGAUGUAGUCUGGUAUCUUAUGCUCAUAU